AUGUCCCAGUCGCUUCCUCACGAGGAAUUGACUUCCCUGACUAGUCCCAAGUCGGGCGGCCCAGUAGCUUACCAGAAUACCAAUCCGCUGCCAAAGAUGGCCUCUGGUGCUUUGAUCACCCCGGCCUCCAUCCCCGUCAGGGGUGGCAGUGACCGCCUCGUGGCCCUCGAGCUGGAGGAUGGCACUGUGUACCAGGGUUACAACUUCGGUGCGGAGAAGAGUGUGUCCGGUGAAUUGGUCUUCCAGACUGGUAUGGUCGGUUAUCCCGAAUCCAUCACCGACCCCUCAUAUCGCGGUCAGAUUCUGGUCAUCACCUUCCCGCUCGUUGGUAACUACGGUGUGCCGGACCGCGAGCAGAUGGACGAGCUGCUCAAGACUUUGCCCAAGUAUUUUGAGUCGACUCAGAUCCACGUCGCCGCCUUGGUGGUGGCCACUUACGCCGGCGAGGAUUUUUCCCACUUUUUGGCCAAGUCCUCUUUGGGCCAAUGGCUCAAGGAGCAGGGUGUUCCCGCCAUGCACGGUGUCGACACUCGUUCGCUGACCAAGCGUAUCCGUCAAAAGGGUAGCAUGCUUGGUCGUAUGCUGCUCCAGAACAGCGGCGCCACCGCCGCUAUUGAUGAAGCAAACUGGAAGUCGCAAUUUGAGCAGAUUGACUGGGUGGAUCCCAACACCAAGAACCUCGUCGCUGAGGUCUCCAUCCGUGAGCCCCAGCUUUUCACACCCCCCGAGAAUGUCGCCCUCAAGCACCCCUCCGGACGCCCUGUCCGCGUUCUGUGCUUGGAUGUUGGUAUGAAACACAACCAGCUCCGCUGCCUUCUUGCCCGUGGUGUUGAGGUCCUGGUCGUUCCUUGGGAUUACGACUUCCCUACCCUCGCCGGAAAGGAUUAUGACGGUCUGUUCGUCUCAAACGGUCCCGGUGACCCUGCCACUUUGACUACCACCAUCAACAACCUUUCCAAGACAUUGAAGGAUGCUCGCACACCCGUAUUUGGUAUCUGUCUCGGUCACCAGCUGAUUGCUCGCUCGGUUGGCGCUACCACCAGCAAGAUGAAGUUCGGUAAUCGCGGUCACAACAUUCCUUGCACUAGCUUGAUCUCUGGCAAGUGUCACAUUACCUCUCAGAACCACGGUUACGCCGUGGAUGCCUCUAGUCUCCAGGACGGCUGGGAGGAAUUGUUCGUCAACGCAAACGACGGCAGUAAUGAGGGUAUCCGUCACACCAGCCGCCCGUUCUUCAGUGUCCAGUUCCACCCCGAGAGCACCCCUGGCCCUCGGGACACCGAGUACCUGUUUGACGUCUUCAUCAACACUAUUCAGAAGACCCUUGCCUCUACCGAGGCUCUCACCAAGCCCGUCGAGUUCCCCGGCGGUCUCAAGGCUGAUAACGUCAAGGCUGCUCCCCGUGUGCAUGUCAAGAAGGUCCUUGUCCUGGGCAGUGGUGGUUUGAGCAUUGGACAGGCCGGAGAAUUCGAUUACUCUGGUAGUCAGGCUAUUAAGGCGCUGAAGGAGGAGGGCAUCUACACGAUCUUGAUCAACCCCAACAUUGCCACCAUUCAGACUUCCAAGGGUCUAGCCGACAAGGUCUACUUCCUGCCCGUCAACGCCGACUUUGUUCGCAAGGUGAUCAAGCACGAGCGGCCCGACGCUAUCUACGUUACUUUCGGUGGACAGACUGCCCUUUCGGUCGGUAUUCAACUGAAGGAUGAGUUCGAGAGCCUCGGUGUCCAGGUUCUGGGUACACCCAUUGACACCAUCAUCACCACUGAGGACCGUGAGCUGUUCGCUCGUAGCAUGGACUCCAUCCAGGAGAAGUGUGCCAAGUCCGCUUCUGCUUCAACCAUCGAGGAGUCGCUGCGUGUCGUUGAGAACAUCGGCUUCCCCGUCAUUGUGCGUGCCGCUUACGCUCUGGGUGGUCUCGGUAGUGGUUUCGCCGACAACAUGGAGCAGCUGAAGGAACUUUGCACCAAGGCUCUGGCCGUCAGCCCACAGGUGCUGAUCGAGCGCAGUAUGAAAGGCUGGAAGGAGGUCGAGUACGAAGUCGUUCGUGAUGCCCAGGACAACUGUAUCACUGUCUGCAACAUGGAGAACUUUGAUCCCCUCGGCAUUCACACCGGUGACUCUAUCGUCGUCGCCCCCUCCCAGACCCUCUCAGAUGAGGACUACAACAUGCUGCGCACGACCGCUGUCAAUGUCAUUCGCCACCUUGGUGUUGUUGGUGAAUGUAACAUCCAGUACGCCCUGAACCCCUUCUCCAAGGAAUACUGCAUCAUUGAGGUCAAUGCCCGUCUGUCUCGUUCCUCGGCCCUUGCUUCCAAGGCUACUGGUUAUCCGCUUGCCUUCAUUGCUGCUAAGCUGGGUCUCGGUAUUCCUCUCAACGAGAUUAAGAACUCCGUCACCAAAUCCACCUGCGCCUGUUUCGAGCCUUCGCUCGACUACUGUGUGGUCAAGAUCCCCCGUUGGGAUCUUAAGAAGUUCACUCGUGUCUCUACCCAGCUUGGUUCCUCUAUGAAGAGUGUUGGUGAGGUCAUGAGCAUUGGUCGCACCUUCGAAGAAGCCAUUCAAAAGGCUAUCCGUUCCGUUGAUUUCCACAACCUGGGCUUCAAUGAGACCAGUGCUCUCAUGUCAAUCAAGGCCGAACUCCAGACUCCUUCCGACCAGCGUCUGUUUGCCAUUGCCAAUGCCAUGCAUGCAGGCUACAGCGUUGAUGACAUUUGGAAGCUGACCAACAUCGACAAGUGGUUCCUGAGCCGCCUCAAGGGCUUGAGUGACUUCGGCAAGACCAUGGUUGCCUUCAACGCCACCACUGUUCCCAUUGACAUGAUCCGCCAGGCUAAGCAGCUUGGUUUCUCCGAUCGUCAGCUUGCCAAAUUCUUGAGCUCUAAUGAGCUGGCUAUUCGCCGCAUGCGUGUCGAGGCUGGCAUUAUGCCCAUCGUCAAGCAGAUUGACACUGUUGCUGCUGAGUUCCCGGCUGUGACCAACUACCUGUAUCUGACUUACAACGCCGUUGAGCACGAUCUGACCUUCGAUGACCACGGUAUCAUGGUUCUUGGCUCUGGUGUCUACCGUAUCGGUUCCUCUGUCGAGUUCGAUUGGUGUUCCGUCCGCACUAUCCGCACUCUGCGCGAGCAGGGUCACAAGACCAUCAUGGUCAACUACAACCCUGAGACCGUCAGUACCGAUUACGACGAGGCCGAUCGCCUGUACUUCGAGAACAUCAACCUUGAAACUGUCCUUGACAUUUACCAGCUUGAGUCCUCGAGUGGUGUCAUCAUCUCCAUGGGUGGUCAGACUCCCAACAACAUCGCUCUGCCCCUGCACCGCCUCAAUGUCAACAUCCUGGGUACCUCCCCCGAGAUGAUUGACGGCGCUGAGAACCGUUACAAGUUCUCGCGCAUGCUGGAUCGUAUUGAGGUUGAUCAGCCUGCCUGGAAGGAGCUCACCAGCAUUGACGAGGCCCGCGAGUUCUGCGACAAGGUUGGCUACCCCGUGCUGGUCCGACCCUCCUACGUCCUUUCCGGCGCUGCCAUGAACACUGUCUACUCCGAGCACGACCUGGCCAGCUACCUGAACCAGGCUGCCGAUGUUUCUCGCGAGCACCCAGUCGUCAUCACCAAGUACAUUGAGAACGCCAAGGAAAUUGAGAUGGAUGCUGUGGCCCGGAACGGUGUCAUGGUUGGCCACUUCAUCUCUGAGCAUGUUGAAAACGCCGGUGUUCACUCUGGUGAUGCUACUCUCAUCCUGCCCCCUCAGGACUUGAGUGAGGAGACUAUGCGCCGCAUUGUUGAGGCGACCCGCAAGAUCGGUAACGCUCUGAACGUCACUGGUCCUUACAACAUCCAAUUCAUUGCCAAGGACAAUGACAUCAAGGUUAUUGAGUGCAACGUUCGUGCUUCGCGUUCGUUCCCCUUCGUGUCCAAGGUUAUGGGUGUUGACCUGAUCGAGAUGGCAACCAAGGCUAUGAUUGGCAUUCCGUUCCAGGAGUACCCCCCUAUCAACGUUCCCAAGGACUACGUUGGUGUCAAGGUGCCGCAGUUCUCUUUCUCGCGACUCUCCGGUGCCGACCCGGUGCUGGGUGUCGAGAUGGCUUCCACUGGUGAGGUCGCUUCUUUCGGUCGUGACAAGUACGAGGCCUACCUCAAGGCCCUGCUGUCCACUGGUUUCCGUCUCCCCAAGCGCAACAUCUUGUUCUCCAUCGGUUCCUACAAGGAGAAGAUGGAAAUGCUUCCUUCUAUCCAGAAGCUGUCCAACCUCGGAUACAACUUGUUUGCCACUUCCGGUACUGCCGAUUUCCUCAAGGAGCACGGUGUGACCGUCAAGUACCUGGAGCACCUUCCUGGUGAGGAGGAUGACAUCAAGUCUGAGUACUCUUUGACCCAGCACUUGUCGAAUAACCUCAUCGAUCUGUACAUCAACUUACCGUCUGCCAACCGCUUCCGCCGCCCUGCCAACUACAUGUCCAAGGGUUACCGUACUCGUCGUAUGGCUGUGGAUUACCAGACCCCCUUGGUUACCAACGUCAAGAACGCGAAGAUCCUAAUCGAGGCUAUUGCCCGUCACUUCCCUCUGAACAUCCAGACUUCCGAUUUCCAGACCAGCCACCGCACUGUGGUCCUUCCCGGUCUGAUCAACAUUGCUGCCUUUGUCCCGGGUCUUGUUACCCCCGGCUCCAAGGAUUUCGAGUUGGUCACCAAGGCCUCGAUCGCCGCUGGUUUCAGCAUGGUCCGUGUCAUGCCUGUUGGCGUGGACAGCUCCGUUACCGAGACCAGUGAUCUGAAGAUCGUCCAGUUGAACGCUCAGGACAAGUCCUACUGCGACUUCAACGUCUCUGUUGCUGCCACUGCUUCCAACUCCGACCAAAUCACUCAGGUCGCCAGCGAGGUUGGCUCUCUGUUCAUCCCCUUCAACCACCUCUCGGGCAACAUCAACAAGGUGGCUACUGUGACCAACCACUUCGGAGCCUGGCCCUCGAGCAAGCCUCUGAUCACCGACGCUAAGGGCACCGACCUUGCCUCGAUCCUGCUGUUGGCCUCUCUGCACAGCCGCAACAUCCACGUCAUGAGCGUGACCUCCAAGGAGGAUAUCAAGCUCAUUGCGCUGAGCAAGGAGAAGGGACUGAAGGUGACGUGCGACGUCUCCAUCUUCUGCCUGUUCCUCUCCCGCGAGGAGUUCCCCGCUUGCAGCUCUCUUCCUUCGGCUGAAGACCAGAAGGCUCUGUGGGACCACAUGAGCACUAUCGACGUCUUCUCCAUUGGCAGCAUUCCCUUCCAGAUUGCUGACAAGAAGGCCUCCCCCGUGGCAGGUAUUGCCGAGUCGCUCCCUCUGCUGUUCACCGCUGUCGCUGAGGGCCGCCUGACUGUCGAGGACGUCACCGCUCGUCUCUACGACAAUCCGAAGAAGAUCUUCGAGUUGCACGACCAGGUUGACACCUCGCUUGAGAUCGAGGUUGAUCGCCCUUACGUGUUCCAGAGCUCCGAGGGCUGGUCUCCCUUCAACGGCAAGACGAUGCGUGGUUCCGUCCAGCGUGUUGUCUUCCAAGGCAAGACCUCUUGCCUUGAUGGUGCCAUCACUAAGGAUGCUGUCAAGGGUACUGACAUGUCUUCCCACCGGAUCAUUCCCACUUCGCCUGUGCAGAAGCCCAUGACCCCGAUGGUCCGCCCUGAGAGCUCUCUUGACCGCCAUGUCUCCAUGUCCGGCACCCCCAGCCGCCGUACCCGCGGUCUGGAUGCCAAUGUGCCUUCUGUUGGCGAGCUUGGACCCCCCCUUGUGUCGUCCCAGCUGCACGAUAUGCUCGCUCGCUCUCCCUUCCGCGGCAAGCACGUCCUUUCUGUGAGCCAGUUCUCUCGCGCUGAUCUGCACCUGCUGUUCUCCGUCGCCCAGGAGAUGCGCCUUGGUGUCCAGCGCCAGGGUGUCCUUGAUAUUCUCAAGGGACGUGUCCUGACCACUCUCUUCUAUGAGCCUUCGACCCGCACUUCGGCCUCGUUCGAUGCCGCUAUGCAGCGUCUUGGUGGACGCACUAUCGCCAUCUCCACCGAGCAUUCUUCUACCCAGAAGGGCGAGACCCUUCAGGACACCAUCCGCACCCUCGGCUGCUACGGUGAUGCUCUUGUUCUGCGCCACCCCAGCCCCACCAGUACUGAUGUUGCGGCCAAGUUCUCUCCCGUGCCCAUCAUCAACGGUGGUAACGGCUCUGUUGAGCACCCCACUCAAGCCUUCCUGGACCUCUUCACUAUCCGUGAGGAGUUGGGUACUGUCAACGGCCUGACUAUCACCUUCACUGGUGAUCUCAAGUACGGCCGUACCGUGCACUCCCUGCUGAAGCUCCUCCGCUUCUAUGAGGUUAGCGUCCAGCUCGUUUCUCCCAAGGAGUUGGCUCUUCCCGAGGAGAUUCGCAAGCAGCUUGUGUCCUCUGGCAAGCUUAUCUGCGAGUCUGUGGAGCUGACCCCUGAGAUCGUCGCUCGCUCCGAUGUCCUGUAUUCUACCCGUGUGCAGAGGGAGCGCUUCACCGACCUCGCCCAGUACGAGCGUCUGAAGAACAGCUUCGUCAUUGACAACGCUCUGCUCAAGCACGCUAAGAGUCACAUGGUCGUUAUGCACCCGCUGCCCCGCAACGCUGAGAUCUCCGAGGAGGUUGACUUCGACCAGCGGGCUGCCUACUUCCGCCAGAUGAGAUAUGGUCUGUACUGCCGCAUGGCACUGCUGGCCCUGGUCAUGGCACCUUAG